AUGCCCAACAAACCGGACAAAUUUGGCAUAAAAUUCUGGUUAGCUUCCGAUGUAAGUAAGCCAGCUAACGAGCCACAGCCCUCUACGUCGCGAGUCAACGUAAGCUGCUUAAAAACAAAUUCAGCAGCACAAGUGCUUCUUGCCACCGCGGUAGUAGACAUAGUAGACAAUCGCGGUCAGUUGCAUCAAUGUCGCGUACUUUUAGACUCCUGCACGCAAUCUCAUUUCCUCACACAGAAAUUCGUAGACCGCGCGAAAUUAAAAACAGAAAAGGUCGAAAUCCCGAUCACCGGUAUGAACCGAAUGACCUCACAAAUUAAUCAUUUCACGACCGCACGGAUGAAAUCGCGAACUACAGCUUUCUCUCAGGACCUCGGAUUUUUAGUGGUGAAAGAAAUCGCGGAUAUAGUUCCAUCCAUGGAAAUAAAUGAAAAAGACUUGGAAAUCCCGAAACACGUCCGACUAGCAGAUCCAGAUUUUCAUAUUCCAUCAGAAAUUGACGGUUUAGUAGGCGCGCAGUUAUUCUGGAAAUUACUUUGUAUCGGCCAAAUUAAAUUAGCUUCCCCGUACAUGUAUUUGCAAAAAACGAUAAUAGGGUGGAUAGUGGUAGGAGAGAUACACGCACGGCAAGGACCUCCAAAGGUCAGAUGCUGCGUGACGUUAAACGCGUUACAAGAGCAGCUCAGCAGAUUCUGGGAGAUUGAGGAAGGUCCGCGUGAGCGAUUACUGUCCGCGGAAGAAAGCGAAUGCGAAAGACAUUACAAAGAAAACACGCGUCGCGAUCCGGAGACGGGACGAUACACGGUAAAGCUACCAUUUAAAGCCACGGUACAAAAUCUUGGAGAAUCGCGCACGACGGCAUUAAAACGGUUCGAAGCGUUAGAACGAUCUUUAGCGCGCAAUCCCCAGUAUCGCGAACAAUACAAUGGGUUCAUGCGGGAAUACGAAAGCCUCGGCCACAUGACCAAGGUACAGUCGAGCCCACCCUCCGAAGGCUACUACCUGCCGCAUCACGCAGUGCGAAAGGAGACGAGCGUAACUACCAAAACCUGA